AUGAUUUCUCGAGAUAAUCACAUGGCUCUAUGGCAGAAGUUCAAGGAUACAAAUCCAGGUACAGAGUUUGUCCUAGUCCAAUUUAUGGGAUACAACGCCAACCUCCUCGUCCGUGCCAUACCUGUAGCUCGUUUUGAGGAUUUGAUCAAGAAAGGCCGGACGUUCUCACUUACCAGAGCUAUAUUUUAUCUUCUUCCCCAUGACCAUCUGGCUGAAGGUGGAGAGCCAGUGGGAAUAUUCUAUCUGAAACCUGAUCUUUCUACACUCUAUGUUCAACCAGGGUCUUGUCAUCGGGCAGUUGUCGUUGCCGAUGGCGUACAAACAGAUGGAGACACUGCAAUUUCGGAGUGCCCUCGAUCUCGACUGAAAUACCUGAGUGGCUUGAUGGUCCAGGAGACAGGACAUUAUCCACUGGUCGGAUUUGAAAUAGAAGUUGUCUUUAUGACGCGAGUCAAGAAUGCCGAUGGAUCAGUUGCUGAGUAUCAACUCACCAAUAAGGAUCAUUCUUUCCAAAGUUUAACGACUGACGACGAGCAACAAAUGCCUAUGGUCGAGGGUAUUGCAAGGUCUUUGCAUGCAGCUGGAAUCCGGAUCGAGCAAUUCCAUGCCGAAGCUGCUCCUGGACAGUGGGAAUUUGUCCUUCCACCUGCGCGUCCCGUAGAUGCUGUUGAUACACUGCUCAAAGCCCGUGGUAUUAUUUCUCGAGUCGCUGAAAAUUAUCAACUAAGAGCAACCAUGUUUCCUCGACCAUCAGAAUUACACGCCGGGAAUGGAGCGCAUGUGCACAUUUCCUGUAAUCAAGACAGGUCCUCACCAGUGCAUUCACAAACCAACAAGACACAAGACAGAAUGCAAGAGUCAUUCUUUGCCGGAAUACUAGAACAUCUGCCUGCAAUCCUGGCCUUCACUCUCCCACAGCAAGAAAGUUAUGCCCGCGUACAAAGCGGCAUUUGGAGCGGCGGUGAAUACGCUGCAUGGGGUUGGGAAAAUAAAGAGGCUCCUCUGCGUCGGAUAGAAGACAACCAUUUUGAGUUGAAACUAAUGGAUGGGUUUGCGAAUCCUUAUCUCGCGUUGUCUGCCCUUCUAGCUGCAGGUGUGGAUGGUAUGAAAAAAGGGACUCAAUUGUCCGCUGGUCCCUGUUCCAAAGGUGCGGGUUUGUUGACGCCGGAGGAGAGGAAGAAGCUUGGUAUUCAUACAUUGUUGCCCAAAACGCUAUCCGAGAGUCUAGAUGUUUUGACGUCCAACACUGUGAUAUGCGAGUCUAUUGGACAGGCUAUUAUCGGGCCGUAUGUUGCUAUCAAGAGAGGCGAGAUUGAGCAAGUCAAGACAUGGACUGAAAAGCAGCGGAGGAACUAUCUCAUUUCUCGUUACUAA